AUGACUGCCUUUGUCAACAUGAAUGACAGAGUUGCCUUCAACGAAAAACUCAUCUCAGAAGUGGAGAAGCGCAGGAUCCUGUGGGACGUGCGAUCAAAUGAGUACAAAAAUGUGUACAAGAAAGACCAGGCGUGGAGAGCAGUAGGGGCUGCCGUCGGAGAAGACGCUUGCCUUACAGCAGCGAAGGUGGCAAAGCGAUGGAAGUCACUUCGAGACACUUUUGUGCGGAAGAAGAAAGAAUCCUGCAUUCCACGAAGUGGAGCUGGUGCACAUGAAGUUGUGGCAGUCCGCUGGCCACAUUUCAAGCAGAUGCUGUUUCUCCGUGACACCUUGGAGUACCCAGAGACCAGUGGCAACCUACCACCUGUGGACUCUGAAGAAAUGCCAGGGGAUGCACCAGUAUCAUCGCAAGCUGUAUGCAGCGAACGCCCUCCAGCAGAGAAUGUGUUUAACAGCAUGUACGAUGAUUCGAUAGGGGACAUUGACGUGGCGCAUUUGACAGAAAUCAGGCCUUCAGUCACAAGUGAUGCUGCAUCACUCAGCUCUCUACCCAGCCCUCUACCAGGCCGCACGCAAAAUUUCAGCAGCUCGUCCAGCUCACCACUCACAGGAUGCAGAACCUCUACUACAUCUUUACCUGCCAAAAAGAAACGAGCUGAACUGCCUUUACAAAAAGAGAUCGACCUUUUGGAGAAAAUGGAUGUGAGAACUGUAGACUCCGCUGAGCAUUUCGGUCCGCUGGUUGCAGAAAAGGUGCGGAACUGUCCCAAGGAGUUACGUUCUCAGAUGGAAAUCGAAAUAUUACAAGUUGCUGCAAAAUAUGAGGUACACCAAUAA